AUGAUGAAAUAAUAAAAUGCUUUUUCAUUGUUUCACUUUUUGAAAUAAUUACUAAUAAUACUUUAUUUUGGUGUUGGAUUGGCAAAUGUUAGAAUUGCAAAUAACAAGUCUUUUGUCUUGGAUAGUUUUGCUCUUUAUUAAUAAAAAAUUUUAUGGUAGUAUGAAAAUGUUUAAAGAUUUAACAGGUUAGAUCUGAUCAUCCAUUUUUGUAUUAUAAUUAUUACAAACAUGGAUGAUCAUCAAUUUUCUUAGACAGGAAUUGAAUUGGAGGUUUAUCAAAUUCAUUUUUUUGUUUUCUAAACAAUAAUUUUCUUCCCUUAUUUUGCUAAAAUAUUGUUAGGAUAAAGCCAAAAAUUAAUGAAUUAUUUAAGUAUUGAUAAUCAAAGACCUUUAUUCUAUCAUUAUUUGUAAUAAAUAUCUAUAUUAUAAUUCUAGAAAGAAGAUUGACAGACACAUUUGGUUAAUAUAAAAUGAAAUUUUUUAAUAAUGA